AAUAGCAAUCUCGAAUAACUCUAAAAAUUUUGCCACUAGUGCUGGUGAUUCUUCUGUACGUUUAUAUAAUACAAGAACAGCAGAAUUAUUAUUUAGAUUAUCUGGACAUAAAAAUCCAUGUGAUUGCCUAAAAUUUUCAACAGAUAGUAGAUUUUUGGCUAGUGGUGGAUGGGAUCACAAAACUAUUUUAUGGAAUGUGUUGACUGGAGAAAUACUACAAUGUUUUCAAGAUCAUUCAAGUUCAGUGGAAUCUAUUGCGUUUCAUCCAGUUUUAAAUCUAAUGGCAACUGGAUCACAUGAUCACACGGUAUUUAUUUACAAUCUACAACAACCAAUUGAAAAACCACUUCGACUACGCGGACAUUUCUCUAACGUAAGAGCGUUAGCAUUUUCAACAGAAGGUUACCUGGCUUCUGCCAGCUGGGAUCGAAUGAUUAUUAUUUGGAAAUAUGAUACUGGUCAUUUAAAAAUGCGUCUACUAGGUCAUAUGGGUUGGAUUCAAGACAUAGCUUUCGCUAUCGAUGGUAUUAUGUUAGCAUCUAUAGCAGAUGAUGAUACUAUUAGAUUGUGGAACGUAACAACAGGAUCAUGUUUAGCCGUUCUAUAUCAGACGCUAACAGAUUUAUCAUGUUAUGUUCGCUUUCUUCCAUGUGGUAAACUUUUAGCUGGUGGCGCCGUGUAUCAAUUACAUGCGCUACAAUCUUUACCCAAAUCCCAAAAAUGGACCACGAUUAAUAAAGUACGCGACAUUAUCAUGGAAGAUGGUACGAAUAAACUGGCGAAAAUUAGGUUUCCUCCAUCAAUCGAACGUAAAAGAAGUGCAAUCGUUAAUCUUCCAAAAGUAAAACAACGUGCUCAAACCCAUCAUUCACUAA